CCCGCCCAGCUGAGAAUGACGUUUGGACGAGAAUGUCGCCAGUUCACCUCAGUUCCAGACAUGGCAGCGUUGAGACAGGAGCAUCGGUAUGGACUCUCCUGUGGAAAGAUUAAUAAAAGCAUUCCCAACAAAACCAUCUUUCACGUCAAGCUAACCGACACUGCCAUCCGGACGCUGGAAGCCUAUCAGAAUCUCAAGGGGUCCUUACCAAAUCAACCGGCAAUUUGCUUCAAGGGGAACCAGGGGUAUAUCAAGAUUCCUGCUUCCUCGGAUUCUCCUGAUGCUUUCCGUGUCUUCUCCUUCUAUCUGUCCAGUGACAGUAAAGACAAACCUCAGGCCAGCUUUGACUGUAUUCACCAGUAUGUUUCUGGAGAUGGCAGGGAGCAUCUGGAAGGUCAGGGCAGUAUUCAGGACAAAAUCACGGUGUGUGCCACCGACGAUUCCUACCAGAUGACCCGCGAGCGCAUGUCUCAAGUGGAAAAGGACAUCUGGAGUCGCUCAGCCAUUGAGAUCAAACCUGGAUCCACACGUCCAAGUAAAUGUGUGAAGAUUAAGAAGAAACAAGGCCUGCCUACAAGCUCUGACAACAUUAACAGACAUUCACCCAGCAACAAGAGGAACGGUGCACCUAGCUUGGUGGCCCACAGGCCCUUGAAGGAACGUGUCAUUCACGUUCUGGCCUUAAAGCCCUACAGCAAGCCAGAACUAUUGCUCUGGCUGGAGAGGGAGAAAGCCAGCCCCAAAGACAAGACUGACUUGAGCGCUGUGCUGGAUGAGGUGGCUAAACUCAAUCCCAAAGACCACAGCUUUACUCUAAAGGAUGAUUUCUACAGACAUGUGCGGAGGGACUGGCCCGGCUAUGUGGAGGAAGAGCGCCAACUCAUUCAAAGGGUUUUGGCAAGAAAACUCCAGCCUCUCAGCAGCAGCAGUAGCCAGUUGAAAAGCUUCCAGUCCAGCCAUUCAUUCCACAAAACCUCAGGGGAUUCUCCAUCCCAACUCAGCCCUGUCAAGAAUCUCUCCAUGAAACGCCCAGUGCCUUCCGACCAUCUAGAAAGUCACACGCCGAAAAAGCAACGUUUAUUAGACCAGAACAUGCCCUUGCAAUCUCCUUCCAAUGGACAUCUCAGCUCCUCCAUGGGCCGUAGCUCUUCCACUCAUGGAAACACGAGUUUGCAAAGGGGUACCAAUUCAGCUCAGCAGAGCCCCGAUGGUCUUUACCAGCGGCACAAGCUCGGCGAGUCCAACAGCGUGCCCAAACCAGAACAGCCAGAACCAGCACAGCAGCCACCCACCAGCCCCAAACACACCAGAACUGAACCAGAAAUCCGCACUGACCAGCAGCUAGCGAACGGCCAGCACAAAAAGAAGAAGUCCAAGAAGCAUAAAGAAAAAGAGAGGGAGCGCUUAAAACCUGAGUGGGCCGAGACCAGUCCGGACCUCAAACAGAACCAAGAAAAUAUUAAUGACCACGAGCGGCCCAACACACCUGUCACCCGUGCCUCGCCAGAUGAGCUGCCUGACUAUUUAUUAAAAUACAACACUAUUACAGACUCUGAGCAGCGACAGAGGUACAAAGAGGAUUUCUGUGCGGAAUACGACGAGUACAGAGACCUUCAUGAGCGCAUAGGGAGAGUCACAGAGAUCUUUGUACAGCUCGGCUCCAAGAUAAAAACACUGUCUCCUGGGACACAGGAGUAUAAGGUAAUGGAAGAUCAAAUAAUGGAGAAGUAUAGGAAGUAUAAGAAGAAGUUUCCAGGCUACCGGGAAGAAAAGAAACGCUGCGAGUAUCUCCAUCAGAAACUGUCGCACAUCAAAGGCCUGAUUCUGGACUAUGACCACACACAAGCGCCCUCCUAGUGCCAGCCAUUCCACUCUCCUCCUCCUCCUCCUCCUUCCAAGUCUGCUCGUACGGACCAAAAGACUCCUCAGUGGAAAUAAUCCAGGACCAAGUGUCUCUCCUUGAGAACGACAAGGCAUUUCCACGUCUUUCCUCCACACAAACUGUGGGUAACCGUGUGGAGGCAGAGGAUCUAAGUCCAAACUAUCAAACAAAGGCCAAGACCUCUGACUAGUGACUUAAGCCCUUUAAAGUUUUGAUUUUUUUUGUUUGUCCGUGUAUAAAGUGUUGAGGAAUUUGGUUAGAGAUGAGAAACAACCUAAGCCAAAAUAGUUUUCUCCCCCCACCCAAAUAACUGUUGCCCUUGAUCUUCUAACUUCAGCUCUGACCUUCAAGGCUGCAGGCUGCUUUUAUGGUACAAUCAUAAAGCCUGGACGAUGAGAGAUGAUUAUCUUAACCGUGUUCGCCGUCUGUUAUCGAAGCACAGUUUCUAUUUUGAUAUUUUACUGAAUGUAUAUUUGUACACUUGUAAGAUCUUGACAUCUAUAAUAGAGCGUUUAAUCACUGGAUAGAAUAAGGGAAACCUGGAAUUUUCUCAGCUCUGGGGUGAUCCUAACAAACUCUGUAGAGUACGAGGGUGCACUCCUUCAUAUGAACGUCUGCGUGAAAGCACCUCUAUCAGACUCUCUAUUAGACCAGACCUUUCUCUUUUGUGUGUAGCCACAUGAUGAGCUCUGGGAUCCAAAUUUAAUCGCGAAUUCCUGUAGCCAAUUGUGUAACGAGAGCAAAGGUGCUUAACCUGGAUGCAUCAAAAUGAAAAAAAAAAAAAUAUAUAUAUAUAUAUAUAUAUCAAAUAUGACAAACAUGCAGCAGUGAUAAUAUUCUCAUGAUUUUUGUGUCCAGUGCUCAAACCACUACAGCACACUGUGUCCUUAAAAUAAUGAUGUUGAUAACAUUAUUAUUAUUAUUGUUAUUUGGACACUAAACAGCAGAAACAAUCAUGUUUUAAAGCACAUUUAAUUUCUUUUAUCCUUUUUUUAACAAAAAUGUAUUGAUUAAUUCAUGACAUGUUAUCUGUUGGAUAUGUCACAGGAACUUCAAUGUAUUUUUAUUGACAUGUCGUUAUUGGUUUCAUUUCUUGAAGUUUGAAAUAACUCUGCGUUCUUUCUCUUUAAAGCAUGAAGGUGACUGUGUCAGGCUUUCUCUGAAUCCCGAUUUGCGAUUGGGUCAUGUUUUUUGUGAAUGAAAGUAUGUCUGUUUUCCCAGAAUGUAGGAGUUAAUGAACACAGAUGGAGGAUCUCGCUGGUCUUCUACUUUACUUAACCAUCUGACUCAAACACCAAACGUUAUAGAAGCAGAGUCUUUCCAAAGUCCCUCUACGUCCGUGUCAUUCCUGUUCAUGCCCAUAGCCUCAUGUACAUUAUGGAAGUAUUUUUUGUGUCACUUUCGCGCUUUGACAUUUCUCUUGUGGAGACUGCUGAUCUGUUAUUUAUGUCACUACAGUGUUAGUUCCUCUAAUUCUUGAUCAUGAUUUGUUAUCUGGCUGGAAAACUGAUAGAUAAAUAAAUGCCAAAAUAGCAUUGCUCUUUAUAUUGUUAACAGUUUGUUUCAUCCUUUCAUGGGGCAACUUCAUGUAUUGAUGUAGAUGCCUUAAAUAAACUGGACAACAUUAACUUAA